GAACAUGGCUGGGCGAAAGGUGAUAGGUCUCUGCUGUGGAAUAUUUUUACAAGUGCUGCUGGCAUCCGCUGGCCAGGACCAGAUGAGCAUGCUCUGCUCCGACGACGAUACUCCAGCGUGCGCCCAGAGUCGGGAAAAUGGAAUGUACUUCUUGUUCGCCAACGAGUGUGACCUGCGAAAAGCCCAGCGGGGCAACCUCAUGAAUGGUCCUCUGUAUGACGUGACCCUCCGCUUUUGCUUUCCCACCUGCGAGUUUGAAUGUAACUCAAGAUAUCAGCCGGUUUGCGGGAUCAGCUCGAUGGGCGGUCAACGCAAGACAUUCAGAAGUCGCUGUGAGAUGAUGCGAGCCGCUUGCCUCUCCCGAUCGGAUUGGAUGGUCCAUCAGUGGGGCGUGUGCCCCAAGGCCAACACAGUGCCCCUGAGCAGUCAGAAACAACCUGUGCCCGUGCCCUGCAACAAAAUCUACCGUCCUGUUUGCGCCAUGUAUGCGGGUGUCAAGUCCACCUUCUCCAACGAGUGUCUGGUUAACGCGGAGAACAUCAAGACCCAGAGAAACUGGCGCAUCGUUUCCGAGGGCCUUUGUGGCGAGGACAGCACCAAGAUGAAGCACAGUCGCAAGCAGAAGCCAAAGACCAAGCCAAAGUCGGAUGCGGAACGCACGAAGCGUAGCCACCACAGCAGAAGGUUGACCACUCAAGCGGAAGACUUCCAGAUACCGGAGGACGCCGUGCAGAUCUACGCCCCCUCGACCUUUCACACGCAGUUCAUCAGCCACACUGGCGCCAUGGAAAAGAGCUACUCCCUGCCCGCCAGAAAGCCCUACGUGGUCAUCCCCCCGAAAUCGAAGGUGCGUCGAGUCCCCGUGAAGACGUGUGUUUUCGGCAACGAGCCCGUUUGCGGCAGCUUCAAGAACCAGACCCGCACCUUUUCCAAUGUCUGCGAACUAAUGGAGUACAGCCAAAAAGUCGGAAACGCAUGGACCAUUUCCCAUGAUGGAACCUGUCGUCGCUGUGACAAGCCUUGUCCCACAGUUUAUCAACCCAUUUGUGCCACCCGCAACGGCAUCAAUCACACAAUAAUCAACGAGUGCUACUUGGAGCGAGUUCGCUGCAAGGAUCCAAACAGCGUUUGGGAGCUAGUCCAUAGGGGUGAGUGCCCAAAAAACAGCGGGGUGGCUGCUAAGGGAAUUUCCACUGAGAGAAACCGUUCUUUACCUUUUGUGCCACGUGUUUUAUAUGGGAAGAAGACCACCGCAGCACAGACUCGCGCUAAGAAGCCAGUGCUAAGAACCACAACCACUAAGGCUCCGUUGACAUCAUACAAACAACGGCAGCCGGUGAAGAGAACUUUCAAGGCCACUUCACCGUCCCUAGAAGUUAAUAAUCGCAAGAUUCGGAAAAUUGAGCUCGCCACUGCGGGAUUUGCGGGCUACGGUGGAUCAAGUGGCUCGAAUCACGUCAAUACUGAUGAAGAUGCCUCCUGGUCCUCCAAUGACAACUGGCUGGUGAGAAAAACUCUCGAUAAUGUCAAGGGGAUCUUUGGCAAGAAGCCAACAUCCUUCAAGAAGGCGCACAGCGAGAAGUACCCCUUUUACUACUGGACUGUCUCACCAAGAGAAUCAAGCACCACCAGACCUUUCACCACAUCAACUAGCACCACCACAACGGCUGAACCACCCAAACUACCAGCCGUUCUGAGCAUGGCGUCCACGGAGCUCUUAAAUUUGGAUAUAGGAAAUGCCGCCAGUGCGUAUGAAGAGGCUGAGCAUGAAUUGCUGCUCAUGCUGACCACCAAAGAGGGCACCACUUCAACCUCAACCACACCUGUGCCAAGCACCACUGCGCCGCCCAGCACCACCGACCCCGCGACCACUGAAUUCUCCACCAGUCUGAAUACUGCCUCUUCCUUAGCGGAAACGGCAAGUGAAGACACCACCUCUGACUCCGAGGAGACAACUGAGGCGCCAACCACCAGUAUGGACUCAAGCUCCACAGCAGCCACACCAUCUUCGACCACUGAAGCCGAGGAGUUUAAUAGCCAAACCACCGGCAGCGAGCCGACAACCACCGUGGCCUCCGACGAGUUGGCCAUAACCACCCUGAACGCGGACUACGCGGCGGAUGAGUCAUUUUCGGAGUCCAGUGGCCAGACCUCCAUCUACGGGCUCGACAAGAACUCUCUGAUAAUGCGAUUAUUACGCGCCAGAAGUAAUCAAAAUGUUCUUAUUUAG